CACGGUCGGUCGGUCGAUGGAUCGGAUUUCUCUAUCGAUCGACUAGUCCGUCUGUCCGUCUGCCUGUCUGCGUGCCGGUCUGCGUGAUCGUCCUGGCCUGUUGGCUUGGCCGAGUCAACAUCUUCCCAACCCGUGCAUCUGUUCUGUUGAAGAAGAGGGCGAGGGCGAGGAGGAGAGAGAUCUAGAGGAGGGAGAACACUUGCCCGGAAAUUGUGUAGCAAUGCUUCCGUCGCAGUGAGGGAGGGAGGGAAGGAGCGAGUGAGCGAGUGAGCGAGCGAGUGAGUCAACGACUGUCAACCUCGUGUGCCUUAAGAGCGAGAGAUGCUUUGCAGGUGGAUCAAAAGCAAAAACAUCGUCGUCGUCUCUUCGGUAGCUUUCGGAAUCGAUGAAGAACGAGGAGAGAGAGGGAGAGAGAGAUUUAUAUACGUAGAGAGACAUAGACAGGCCGAGGUAGUGAUCGAUUGAGUGAGUGCGUUCGGUUUGCGAGAGAGGCGGACGGGGAGUUAGCGAGCGAGCGAGCGGGCGAGCGACUCGUCGGUUGAUUUGUUUUGUUUGUUGACUGACCGCGCAGCUCUUAAACAAUGCCCAGAUUGAGAAGCAGAUUGAGAAGCGGAUUGAGAGAGGGAUCGAGAGAAGAGAAGGCUCGCCAGUGCGAGGACACUCGGACGAAGAAGACAGGAAUUCACAGUGGCUAACUCGUGCGGCUUCCGCUGCUGCUUCGGUCGAGUCAUCCCAUCCCCCGGACGCAUCUUCCCACCGCAUCUCGCAGUCCAUCCGAGUGUGUAGGAGCGAUUCUUACCGAGCCGGGAGAGGGAAGCGCAAGCGAGCCUUGAAAGAAAACAUCGACCCUCUUCGGUCAGAUCCCGACACCGAAUUUCCACCCGAUCAGCACGGGAGCCUGGGGCAGAGCAGAGCUUAGCAGGGCAGGGCAGGGCAUUGCAGAGCAGGGCAGGAGGAGGUGGAGGAGGAGCAGGAAGAAGAAGAAGACGACGAGUAGAAUAGACUAGAAUAGAGUAGAGAAGAGAAGCAAGGCAAAGCACGAUCUCGAAGAGCAGCAUGUCAGUGGAUUCGCAAGCCGUGCUCAAUUGAAGGCAGCAGCCAGUUCCGGUGGGUGCCGCGAUGUCCUGACAGGAGACGAGGAGGUCCGAAAUGGCGUAGCGAAUUGAAACAGAGCAGAAUUGAAACAGCAGCAGCUGCGGAGCGAGCCCGUCGACGAGAGGAGAAGCAGAAUCAGAAUCAGAAUCAGAAGGCAGGGCGCCAUGUUCAUCGCGCAUUUCGUGUCGUGGAAGGAGAGGGUGCGCAAGUACAGGAAGUCGAUGGCGAAGCGGAGCAGGCUGCUGAAGACGAGGGUGCGCGAGCUCGGGGACACGGUCAUGACGCGACUGCUGCUCGAGAGCUCGGCCGGCGCGGCGCUUGGGAACGGGGAGCGUGACGGAGGAGAGUCGCGCGCGACGGGCGACGGCGACAUGGACUCGGCGCUCUGGGGCCGACUGCCGGACGACAUCCUGGAAAGCGUGCUGGCCAUGUUGCCGUUCGACGACCGCGUCAGCAUGCGCUACGUGUGCCGUCAGUGGAACGCGGUCAUAACGUCGCGCGGUUUGUGCCCGCCGGACCAAAACCCGCAGCUGCUGUGCAACAUGGCGGGCGCCUUCUCGACCUACAACCAGGCCAAGGCCAAGUGGACGGAGCGGUCGCUGAGCUUCGUCGCGAACCACCGCGACUUGUACCUGGCGACGUCCGACGGCGGGCUGCUGUGCUUCCAGAACCGCGAGACCGGCGCGCUGCUGGUGUGCAACCCGGCCGGGCGGUCGUCGCGCGAGCUGCCGCCGCCGCUCUUCGAGGUGUGCAUGGACGCGGAGACGGGCGAGGGCCGGUCGCUGGACAUGAUCAACAUCGGGCACGUGCGGUUUCUGGCCGCGCGGUCGCGCAGUUGGAACGCGCGCAUGACCAAGUGCGUGGUGGGAAUGAGCUUCGACCGGGUUCGGCAGAGCUACCGCGUGGUGGUAGCCAGCAUGCUCACCAAGCGCCCGCAGACGCAGGUCUACGACUUCGCCACCGACUCGUGGUACAUCGGCGCCGACCCGCCGCCCACCGUGACGUGGUUCCGGCGCUCGCCCGUGGCCAGCGGCAACUGCCUCUUCUGCGUGGUGCGCGGACUGCGCGACGGCAACAGCGAGGACGCCUUGGUCUGGAGCGUGAUCAAGUACGACCUGGAGCGCGACGCCUGGUGCGACAUCCCGAUGCCGCGCCACCGCAUCCGCGACAGCAUCUUCGCCAUCGAGCUGGCCGAGCACCGGGGCCGCGUGCGCAUGUUCCUGCGCCUCGUGCACUCGCUCAUCUUCCACUGCUGGGAGCUCAAUGCCGACGGCGCCUCGUGGCUGCCCCUCUCGGCGCUGCAGAACGAGGUCAACGAGCGGCUCGCUGGCACUAGGUACUGGGAUUUGUGCUUAGCCGGGGGCAAUUUGAUUUACUUGAUGCUUGUCAAUGUGUGGGAUGACGAAAUCCUCCGCUUCGUCCAGUGCUACGACCUGACCACCAAGCUAUGGAGUCGCCUGCCUCACAUCGUGCCCCUCAACAGCUACGACUGCCAAAUGUGCCUCUUCCAGCCCUCCCUCACGGUCGCCGCGUGAUCCAUUCAAUUUUCCUCCCUUUCUCCCCCCCUAGGUCUCAGUUAUACAUAGAAAUGCGAAUCGACGUCCAAUCCAUUGUCCAUAUGUGGGAAGCUGUCCGUUCUGUUCACAUUAUAAAAGCACUACAUUGAAUCAUGUGGAUUUC